GCCGGGACGUUACAAUAUAAUCUUUUCUAUCCGCUCACUUGCGUUAUACGUUUGACUUCUGUUAUAUCGUAUCCACGAGGAAUCAUGGAUAAACCCGUUGUACUAGCUCGCGUCAUCAAGGUACUGGGGCGCACUGGUUCACAAGGCCAGUGUACACAAGUCAAAGUGGAGUUCCUAGGCGAGCAAAAUCGCCAAAUAAUAAGGAAUGUUAAAGGCCCCGUGCGCGAGGGUGAUCUCCUGACAUUACUUGAAUCCGAGCGCGAGGCGAGAAGACUCCGAUAGCAGACAGGCAGAAGUCAACAGAAAAAUUCAUUACCAGCCAAUCCGGAUUUUGCCACAAUCAGGGAAUAUCAAGGAAUUUAUCAUACGAUGAACAUGGAUCUCACACCGUCGGUGAACAUGGAUCUUGGCAUGCAUGAUGUACUAUAUUUCAGUACACGUGCUCCUCAGAUUGAAGUUUGCAUAUAGGCAAUUUCUGAGUGUGUUGCAACAUCCAGACGCAACAACGUGGUUUUCUCGAAGAAAACCGGAACAAAACUGUACACUCCGUUUGAAGCAUUCCUGUUACAUAAAAAUCCUACUACAAUAAAUUUUGGCUGGUAACCACAAA